AUGGUUCGUUUCCCUUCAGACCCUCGCAAGUCGGCAAGAAACGUGCCAAUCCACUAUCUUCGAAGAACUGCCAUAGCUCAACAGUAUCGAUCUGAGCUAGCCCAGCAACUCUCUACAGUAAAACACUACUGUGGUGGCAGUGAACAUGUGGAUGAAGCGUGGCAAAAUGUGAAAGAAGCUAUACUAGCGGCGUUCAGUGUUGCCUGCCCGACUUCUCCAAUUCGACCACGGGACCACUGGAUGUCGCCGAGGUCGUUAUCCAUGAUUAAUGCCAGGAAAGCCAUACCAGCAGGCAACGAUCGCGCCCUCAUCGGCGCUCGUGCAUCCAAGCUAUUGCCUUCAAUGCAUAGCUCCUUUUCCAACCCCCCGCUUGACAACCCACUGACAGUGCUGGAUUUAUGCACCAAAUUACCAGCUCGCGCGUGCAAUGCGCAGCUACCUACCCCCUCCCCCAAAUCAUCGGUGAAUGAAACUGCGGCAGCUGCAACCACUGUAUGA